AACCUGCUGAAGGUGCAUCCGCGUGAGCUUUGCAAAGAGCGUCCAGUAGUUGGCGCUGUCGGUGGUUCUCUUCUUUGGUUCGACAAAGUUCGUCCUCGUAGUCCGCUAUGGUUCUCUCCAACACCACGAAGAUUUCUUCCACGGCCGAAGUUAGGCGCUCGUUGACCAAAGCUCUCAGCAUCUGGACUUUAAACAUCUUGCUGCGAGACGAACCCCAAACAAGCUAGCUUCCUUUGUUUGUUAUCGGCGGCUAACGAGCUGGAAGCUAGCUGGGGAGGCCGGAUGAGCCAGGCACGCUCAGAUGCUAAUGUUAGCCCUGGUACACGGCACACGUUGAAGAGAAAACGAGCACGUUUGAACACGGCGACAAAACGCCACUUGAUGACACUGACUUGGACGCUUGUGAACGUGAAGCGGCCUAGCCGGGGGAAGAGAGAGAGAGAGAGAGAGAGAGAGAGAGAGAGAGAGAGAGAGAGAGAGAGAGAGAGAGAAUAGCGAUACAGCAGGACUGCGCAUGCGCAAAGCGGCCUGCCCCUCGUAACCAGAAACGUACGCCUUCCCCGUACAGCGCAUGCGCAAAGCGGCUUGCGUCUCGUGACCAGAAACGCACGCCUUCCCCGUACUGCGCAUGCGCCCGCCAUCUUCUGGAGCCCUUCCGGAACGGGACUCGCGCAUUUCUUUUAUUGGCUUCAUUUUUCACUGCUUUUGUCUGUGACCGGUGGAUAUUGAUACGACUAUAUUCCUUCGCGCAAUGAAGAAAACAUCCCCGUGUGCCUUUUCUUUCACGCCUCCAACCUGUCCGUGUAGCGUUUCGCUCGCUAGCUGCAGAAACAAAGAACGAGCGCGCUUGCGUUCAAAUGUGUGCAAGACGGAGCGAGCGAGCCGCUGAAGAGUGACAGGAGGAGCUUUCGGGAACAAAACAAGGGGAGAACGCCGCAACGAUGGACUCGCGCACAGCAGAUGUCCACCAACUGGAGAUCUCCCGCAUGAAAGAGGAAGAGGAGCGACCCGAGCUACGUCGCAUCAAAGACGAAGAGGAGGAAGCAGAGAUAGCGCCUGUGAAGGAGGAAGAGGAGGAACUGGAGAGCCCUCGCUUGAAAGAGGAAGGGCAGGAAGUGGACAUCGGUCAGGAGGACGUCUGCGUGAUCGUCAAGCUGGAAGGCGACCGAGACGAAGGAGAGCGAGCCGAAGCGGAAAGUCGCCGACCGGACGCCGGCGACGCUCUCCGCUGCUCGUUUUGCAAGGAACCCUUCUCUCGACGGGAAGCGCUGAUCGAACACACCGCGAAGCACGUGGCCUCCAAAACCUUUACCUGCCCCGUGUGCGACAUGACCUUUAUUUUCCGCUCGACGAUGAUGCAACACAUGGUCGUCCACACGGGGGAGAAAGCGUUUACCUGCUCCACUUGCGGGAAAGGCUUCUCCCGGAAGAUGAAUUUGGCCACGCACACGAGAACGCACACCGGGGAGAAGCCCUUCUCGUGUUCGGUGUGCGACGCCACCUUUCGCUUUCACGCCACCUUCGUCAACCACACGCGCACGCACACGGGCGAGAAGCCGUUCACGUGCGCCGCGUGCGACGCCAGCUUCAGCGUCCACUCGUCGUGGCUGAGACACGUGCGCUCGCACACGGGAGAGAAGCCCUUCAUGUGCGGCGUUUGCGGCAAACGCUUCACCAGGAAGGUCAACUUGAAAGAGCACGCCAUCGUGCACACCGGGGAGAAACCCUUUUCCUGUUCGCUCUGCGGCGCGGCUUUUAGCUUUCAUUCGUCCAUGCUGAGACACAUGAGAACGCACGCGGAGUAGGGAUCGUGAGCGUCGUUGCGGGGAAAAAAAUAAAAAAAAUAAAAACGUCCUGACGGAGCACGGGCGUCAAAGUCGUGGCCCGGGGCCCAGAUCUGGGCUGCCGCGUCCUUUUGCGUGGCCCACGAUAGCAAACCGUGUGCGUCGACUUCAUGUUUCUUGCGAAAAUAGCUACAUUGCAAAUUGUUAGGAACGAUAAAAGAACAUGCGUUGUUCAAAAAUAGUCUUGCAAAACAUAUCAAUAUUAUAUUUUCAAACAUAAACCGCUCAUGAAAAAGCCUUUCAGGGCACAUUAUUAACAAACUGACAAACAUAACUGCGUGUACAUAAUUGUACAUUUUGGCACUGAUCUUUUUAGGAAAGUGCAACAUCAGUAGUUUGCCUUCUUUUUCGGAAAUGAAGGCUACGGAUGAACUGUAACCACGUUCAGUCUGAAUGGUGCUAUGGAUUAUUUACUGCCUGUCCGCGACCCACCCAAAAUGGCUGCGCGACCCACUCUUGGGUCCUGAACCCCCCAGUCGCAAACAAUCACUGUGAUCGAGGAUACCCGAAAGAAAUACUUGAAGACCGUUCCAAAGUUUGCCACAAGGGGAAGGGGUCCGCGGAAAUGCAUCCAGUUGGCGUCACACGUCCACCUUUCCAUUGUUCUUGAGCAGAGCGACUUCUCGUGGAUUCUAAUUCAUCCGACUGCUGCCGUUCGAUAUUGAAAGUUAAACAAAAAAUUGAAAUAUACAAUAUACAGCAUCCCUGAUGUCAUUUUCCAGGACAGAAGACUCCCCGCAAUAUCGAUGCAUAGUAGUCAUUGUUUUGACUAUUUGUGGGGACAUCCACCGUUGGUAAUGUCAGAGCAAAUUGUUUCGUGCUACUAAUUGUUACACUGUACCUUUGUUCAAGUGGAAACGUGUCGUUAAAAAUGUGGACAUAUGAGGACCUAUUCUGGGUGAAUUAUUUGUAAUGUUUCUUGAUUUGCUUUAAUUUCCAAAGAACAAUUACUGUACAAUUAUGACAAAAGUAUGUCCAAGAGCCAAACAAAUGCACCGUGCUUUCCAGUGAAAUCCCACAAUGUUCAUAUACUGUAUACAGUACACAGAUUAAAAAUGGAAUA